AUUUCCUUCUCUCUCUGUCUCUUUAAACUUUUGUGGCUCUGCCCCUGACUUGGAGCUUUUCUUUCUCUCUCUCUUUUCCCUUAGUUGUUAUUCGACAAACUCACUGCAUAAAAAUAUAAUGCGAUGAGCUCACAGGCGAUGAUGAUGACACAAGACGACGGCGUCACGGACAGCCUCUAUCAACCAGAAGCCAAAGUAAACCAACAACAACAACAAAAAGGUCAACAUCAUAAGAUACACGUACAAGCACGCUCAUGUCGACUGCGGUUCCACUGGCCUCACGGAUUCUCGUACCUGGCUUGGAAAUACCGUCAAUGGAAAUGGCUACACCAAUCCGAGUUUGUAUGGUGUUUCCGACCGGCGAUCGGAGGAGGAGAUCACCAUGAUGAUGGUCACGAUUCAUCUCCAUGGAAACCCUUUGAAUCGAAAAACCAAGUAAUUCUGUGGCAAGCGUACUAUAACCAACCGUAUCAGAAUCAGCCAUCGCCCUAUUACGAAUGUCAAGUUCAUGACAGGGCAAUCGAUCAAGGAAAACAGCUGGUGCGAAUAAUUUUGCACGAGCAUGUGGCUUUCACUAUGGAUCCAGAUUGGUCACAACCAUUAGUGUAUGAAGUAGCUGUGUGUCGGGUGAUGAGACGGUCUGCACGGACUUUAUGGCGAGAAUGGGUAUUGCGUGAAAAACAAACGGGUCCUAUGUAUCAAUAAUCUAAAUGAUAGUAGGAAUAAAAAGUAUAAUAAAAUGCUAGCGAAGGGGAGGGGAGGGGCCCCUUGUAUUUCUGUUGUUUACAACAUAGACAGUCGACGUACAUGAUG